GGGCACCUCAAAUCUAAGAGAAAGAAGAUGAUGACUUCCGGUGGCAGCGAGCAAAUGACUCGAUCUCCUCAAAAGGGAGGAGAAAAUAAAGCAUCAUUAGAAGGCCUUCCAUUGGAAAGCAGUCCCUACGUGAAAUUCACGGACUUGGAGGACUACAAGAACAGAGCCUACGGCACCCAAGGCCACCUCGAGCCCAAGCCCGGCCAUGGCGGCGGCAGCACCGACGCUCCCACGCGCUCCGGCAGCAGCCUCUCCGACACCAACGUGUUGGGGGUUGAAGCGGUUCACAAGCACGUUUUGUCUUGAAAAUAGGUUAGAAUUUAGCGUCGACCUCUUGCCAUGAAUAGUGAUUCGUGCUAGGGUUGGAUAUUAAGGAUAGGAGAUAGUCACGACAAUCCUAUUAUAUAGGAUGAUUUGGCACUUCUGUGAUACGUGUUCUUAGCUUCGAUCGUCGACUGUGAUCGAAUUCAUGAAAUUCGUACUAGCAGCAAGAGUUUGCAAUUUUCUAGCCGAUCCGAAAGCCUAUUUAGUCGAUUCGAACGUGCCACUGUAAUUUUCCAUUAUGAGUUGCAAGCAAGAAGGAAACUUCCUGUUUGAUCGAACCAUUUCUCUGAUAAAGACGAUGGGAAUGAACUGAGGUAGACUGCAUC